GUGCAUACAUGCUUUCAAACAAAAACAACACGGCGUGAAGGCCACUCGUUAGACGUGAUUGACCGGCCGUGGAUUGAUAAUCCCCGUCCUGCUGUGCGGGUUGUGUCAGUGUCCAGGCUACUAGAUCGUUUCCUCCCUAACGUGAUCCCGUCAUGAUUCGUUCCAUGCUUCGGCCGCUCACGUUUGGUCGGCUCAUUUUGGCAAGGAAUGACAGGAGUGUUCGGUGGCAUGGAUCCAAAGCUCGCCGAAUCGCACGACUUCCCAAACGUGCAGUGGAUGAUGACGGGCAGGAGAUCCAAAUUCGCUCCGAUCAACUCGAAGGCAAUGUCCAAGCCCGACAAGUAGCCGAACAAGCCCAGCGAAAUCUCCGGAGCACACGAUUAGGACGAGGUUCAAAAAACAAUGAGACUCCCUUGAGUCAAGCCAUGAUUGAGUUGCGCUCACAGGUUCAAUCUGAAUCCGAGGAUUCAUCGCCAACGGAGGAAGUGGAUCAUUUACCCGAGGAUUUUGAUUGGAAGUCCCUGCCGCGAUUUGUUAAAUUGAAUGCCUGGGAUCGAACCAAUCCAACUUGGAAAAUGUUGAGGAAGAAUCUGAGUCGAAACGACAAACACAGCGAGGCCGUGGUCUUGGAGAACCACCGCAUGAUCAAGGAUGCCAUGGCCGUAGGUAUACAUCCUUACAUGGUGGCCUUCAGUCGAGUUAAUCUGUUGCUGGAGUUGCCCUUUGAUACCAGCCAGUCGUAUGAAAUGUUUCAAGUCCCGUACAAGAACUUGCAGGAAUGGUCCGAGCUACAAACACCACCGGGAAUGAUGGCCGUCUUCAAAAAGUCCGCCAUUGAAGCGCACGCCCAAGCCCAAGUGGCCCAAGAGAGCUUACGGAGUCUACCCAUCUCUUUGAUCUUGGACAACUUGAGGAAUCCGGAUAAUAUGGGCACCAUUCUGCGGACGGCAGCUGGAAUCGGAUGUCGGGAAGUUCUUUUAACCCCGGGUUGCGUGAAUCCUUGGCAAGGCAAAGUGAUGCGGGCGGGUGCCGGGGCCCACUUCCACGUACCUAUCACUUCGAAAGUGCAUUGGGAACGGAUGCAUCAACUCAUUCCUCCUUACGCUCAAGUGGUCAUGGCGGAUUUGGAGAAGUUCAAACCCAGCCGUGAAUCGCAAUUGGACCCCAACGUCCUAUUGGGUCGCAUUCAGGAACUCAAUGACCGCUGCUCGGACUUUCAUGUGCCUCAUCGAGGCGAGAGCGCUUUGAGAGCGGGUGGCAUGGGUGAAACGUUUGACAAGCGAGACGUACGAAACGCCAAGACCUUACAAGGCAAGGAGCUCGAAGAGUUCUUGGAAGAAAAAGUGAAAGUGGAGUCGGAAAAAUUGGCCGGGGAGAGUAGGCGUGAGGCCUUUUACUUGGACUUCUCCUUCAAUGAACCCGAAAUCUUGGACGAGUUCCAAGCCUUGCCUUUGAUAACCAAAGAAUAUCACGAGUUCGAACGCUUCCACAAUGAUCAAGCCAUCGUGGUCGUGAUCGGUGGAGAAACGCAAGGCAUCAGUCCCCAAGCCAUUAAGUUCACCCAUCAAUAUCAAGGCGACCGUCUGUACAUCCCAUUAAGACGAAGUAUCGAGAGUCUCAACGUGGCCUCGGCGGCCAGUAUCUUACUCAUGGAAAUCCAAAAGAAGAUCAACUUGGCCAAUAAAGAAUAGAAAUUCAACUUGUAUUCCCGGGCCGGGUCAGAUAGUCCCGGGGUCAAUCCUUUAGGAACGUGACGAAGUAAAACACUCCAACCUCUCUCUCAACACGCCUGGCCACAAUGGAUUAGCCGUCAUUCACCUCGGAAUACCGUGUUUCCGCGACUUACCCGUGAUAUUUGACCAAAUCUGGCUCGGAUUCCAGUUUCAGUGAGGUUGCCGCCAAAUCAGGAAUUUUUCAUACAGCAUGACUAUAAAACUUCUCCAGCCCUAGGUUCUUGUUUCAAACAUUUAUUCUAUGCAAGCGGCUAAUGGUGUGACUUUGUGUAACUGCGAUUGAUAUGGUCUAUAAUAACAAUAUUUGCCAGGGC